AUUACCGCAGAAUUUGCGGAAUAGAAUGAAAUUCGCGAAAGAAAAUUUAUCGGACAUAAAGGAAGACUACGAAAAAGCACACCGGCUAAUUGACGAGGAUAGCAGAAAUGAUCCACCGACGGAACCGUUCCGUUCGCAUUAUGUGGCAAGGGAUGUUCUGAACGGGGCGCUUCGAAAGGUGAAAACAUUAACCGAAAAACUAGACCCAACGGCGGAAGCGGCCACCACGGUGCGAUGCAUUCACGCGAACAUCUUAAAGGACAUCGCCAAGAUUACCGUGUUCGUCGAGGAGCCGCACGGAGAGACACUGUUGAACGAGGCUCUCUUGCUGAUCGAAACGGAUCGCGGCAAGGAACCGGCCAUAAACGUGCACAUAGAAGUCCUCAACCAGCUCGGUAUCAUGAGCUGCAACAGUUCAAACUUCAAGGAUUCCGCACAGCACCUCAACCAAGCUAAAGAUCUGUAUGCAGAAGCGAAGGAACUGCAGCUGGAACCACUCACGAUGGGCGAUUUGUUCGGGACCAAGGAGGAAGUGGAGAAAGGCAAAGGGCUGAAGCUGCUGGAAUCUAAUCACACGCUGACGCUCUACUAUCUGGCGCAGGUGUUUGGGUUCCUGGACAACUUGGCCGACUCGGCCCGCUACUGUCACAUGACGCUGAAACGCCAGCUGGAGUAUAACGAAUACGAACACGUGGACUGGGCACUGAACGCGGUCACACUGUCACAGUUCUACUUUCCACGGAAUCACCUUUCCCAAGCCCGGCAUCUGCUGGCCGCCGGCACGUACAUGCUGAACCGGUACGAGACGGAGGUGAUUGAAAAGAUUACCAAUGCCGAGGAGCGAGCAGAGAAAGAGGAAACGUUGCGCUAUCGGAUGGCGGACAUUGGACGAUGCUGGGCUAAGUAUGGGUUGCACAUUCUGAGCGCCUCCAAGGAACGCAUCAGCACCGACGACGAUGAUGAUAAUGAUGAUGAGACACCGAAACAGCCACCAAUCAGCCCUGUGAAGAAGAUGGAACGAUUUGUGGGGUUCGAACUGGCGCCGUACGAGGACCAGGUUACGGACGAGUUCUGUCUCUCGUUCGACGAUGCGAAACUGGUGAUGCUAAACUCUCUGUCGUGGCUCAACAAAGCCAAGGAGUACUACACGAAGGAAACGGAAGCUUCACAGUACGCCAAAAUUUUACAAGAUGUUGCCUCUCUCUACAAACAUCUCGCAUUUUUCGAAGAAGACGACGGCAACGAGUGCAAAUUGCUGAAGCGAAGUGCGGAUCAGCUGGAGGAAAUCGUCGACGUACUAAAUGCCACAUACUAUCAAACCAUUUGCAGGGAAGCCUGGUACGAGCUGGGAUUAACCUAUUCCAACAUGUUGAACAUUAAACUAUCCCAGCUGGAAGAUCUUCAGUCAACUGAUCGGCCUUCGCCGCACGCGUUAAACAAAAUCAACCAUCUGUGCGAGAAGAGUAUUAACAACUUUAAGAAAUUCAUCAAAUCUUAUAAAAUUUCAAUGGAAACGCUGGAGCUGCCGGUCAACGUGGAAGCGGACGAACUGCAACCGAUUCUGUACGCAUUCUUCCAUAUCGGGCGGCUGUACUACCGAAUCAUUACGCCCGAUAAGCGCCUGAAGCUGGAGAAUACGGAAAAUAGUCUCCUGUUUUACGGUCGCUUCGUCGAGUGUUGCCAGGACGAGCGCAUGAGGCCGCUGUUCCGGGAGGAGCUGAGUGUCUGCAAGGAGAUGAUAAGCUUGCUGCCGCUGAAAAUAGACAAACUGAAAGCAGAGAUCGCAGCCGCAUAAAUUAGGGCCGUUUAAUGUUCCUGUAAACGGGAAUCCUAAGUAGCGUAUCGAUUGGGGAAGUGAUCAAACAAUCCUCUCCUUCAUUAACUUAUUCAACAGGAUAGAAUGUAAAUCAUGACCACUAGAGGGGUCACUACAGGGUCCAUGGCCAGUUGAUGGAACGACCG